AUGAGUGAAACUGCAUCAAGUGCAAUUGAUAAAGCUGUUGCUGAUACAGCAGCUCAACAACAACAAUUAUCUGAAGCAAAUGAAAAUUCAGAUAAAGCUGUUUUAUUAACUGAAUUUGAACGAGCUUUAAAUGAACAUCUAGAAGCUAUUUUACUUAAAGCAAGACAAGAUAUUGAGUUGUUACAAGAUGCAGCUAAUCAACAAAAAAUGACUGUUUUUAAAGAAGUACAAGCACUAGCUCAUCAACAACAAGUUGAUCAAAUUACAGAAGAAGCCAUCGAACUUGCUGCUGAAAUUACACAACGACGAAAUUUUGUAACAUGA